AAUAAUCCCGGUGCUUCCAGUGAUGCAGAGUGUCCUGCCCCUGUACUUAACCAUCAAAAUCAACGUGCCCUCUCAAUCAAGCCUAGGGCCACGCGUAGAUCCAUCGCAUCGCGAAACUCUAGAUUGGCUUUCAGCGCGUCCCGUCCAGCCAUAAGAACUUCACAAAUCCACAAGAUGGCAAAACUAGAUUCUCAAGUAGCAGCCAUUCUUGAUGCGGGUAGCACUUCCGACGAUGAAGAUGCCCUCAUUGCAUCGCUUGAAGACUCUCCAGCUCUCGAUGCAUUCCGCGAACAGAGAAUCCAGCAGCUACAUUCCGAAUUCUCUCGCGCAAAGGCGCAGAAGAGCGAUGGCUUUGGGAACUAUACAGAAAUCAAGGAGGAGAAGGCAUUGAUGGAACUGACAGCUUCGGUCAAGUUUGCCGUAGUACACUUUGCGAAGGACGAUUUCGCGCGAUGCGGGGUUAUGGAUGGGCAUUUAGAGGCUCUUGCGGCAAAGCAUACAGAUACACGAUUUUUGAAGAUGAAUGUCGAUAAUGCACCAUUCUUGGUUGUCAAACUCAAGGUACAGGUACUGCCUUGCGUGUUGGCGUUUGCCAAUGGAGUCAGUGUUGAUAGGAUUGUUGGAUUUGAGGGAUUGGGCUAUACACAGGAUACAUUCACAACCAAGGAUCUGGAGACAAGGUUACUUGGAGCUGGCGUAUUGCAAAGAGCGAAGGCCGUGGGAGAAGCAAGCGUGAAGUGGGGAGUGAAGGCACAGAAGAAAGCUGAUAGUGACGAUGAGGAAUGGGACUGAGGAAACAUGUUGAAGCCAAACAGGCAAAGAGAUGCGUUCCAAGACAUGGAGGAAGAUGGCUCCAGAGCUAGCCAUUGAGCAGCCGAAGCAGCUUGCUAAUGCCACGCUUUCGGAAGUCCAAUAAAGGACUGAAAGACUUCGAAACAAUCUUAGAGAGGCAGCUCAAAUAGAGGAAACGCAGCCAAGGAGCAGCAAAACUGCACAAGAUUAUUAGCCAUAUAUAAAUGCACCACUGCCUCUAACUGCAUAAGAAGAACAACUCUCCGCAACCUCUGAAUGCGUCCAAUUACUUUUGAGGAUGUGACUGGCUAUUGGACCUUGAUUUGCCUCGAGAAUUGGUUAUAGAUUCACGUGUGCUAAAGCAAGUACUUUGUUACAAUUUCUAGCUUACGUGCAAACUUCCUCCUGCGCCAGUAUCUAGUUGAAACAAGAGGUCUUGUGUAUUUAUUGUCCUCUCCAGUUGUUGGCU